AUGCGGGACAUACUGUCCUCCACAAAGAACAGUAUGGACUAUGAUUUGAUAUCAACUGCUCUCCAGAAUCUGUGGGACGAUCAGCUCGUGGGCAAUCGGUCCCGGCCACGCCCUUCGUUCUCCUAUCACGGGAACUAUGUGUCCGAGAUGAACGACAACGACCUCUACUACCAGGAUGGAAGUGGCUAUGAAUGGUAUGAAGAGGACGAUUGGUGGGACGAGCAGCCGCAGGCCUACUUCACCGAUGCGGAGUCCUACGAGGAGCAGUGGUGGCAGGAUGAAUGGCAUGGUCAGGAAACGACUGGCCAGGCGAAUGCAGUGACCCCCGACCCCGCUGACGAGGAGAAGCUACGUGAUGCUAUGCAAGCUGAACAGCUCGCGGAGACGCUGGCGCUAGAGGCCCAGCGGACAUGGAGUGAAGCACAGAGAGCAACACAAGCCCUCAAGAGGGACCGCGGUUUUGGAGCACCACCGAGCACCGGCAUGAAGUGUUUCUCGUGCGGUGGCCCUCAUCUACUACGUGACUGUCCACGGCGAGCAGGAGGCUACAACAAGGGGAAGAGCAAGGGAAAGUCCAAGUACGGCUACAUGACGGAUAUGGACGCGCACUACCUGAAAGGCAAGUCCAAGGGAAAAGGGAAGCCAAAAGGGAAACAGGGCAUGUACUUCAAUGCCGAUGCUGCGUGGAAAGGCAAGGGCAAGGGCAAACAUCAUGACAGCAGCCAACGGACUGUCAAUGCCUAUGCCUCCGACUUCUUUGCAGGUGGUCUUGAACUUACAUCGACCCUUGAGGCAACUGCCACAGUGACGACGGAACCGACCCCAGAACUGGGCAUGGUAGAUUGUGGCGCCACGGCAUCGGCAGCUCCUGAAGCAGUCGUGAAGGGGCUGAUAGCCUCGAUUCUUGAGAAGGAUCGUGGAGCCCGCGUGGACAUCGAUGCAAAUGCCCGGCCCUACUUUCGUUUUGGUGAUGGUCGUUGGGGUCGUGCUCUGUAUCGGGUUCGCAUUGCCAGUGCGCUGUCAGGAGUGAUCAGGAGUUUCUCCCUCUAUGCCCUACCGAACCCCAAGGAGUACUUUCAAGCCGGGUUUGACAAAGCUUCCUUAGUACCUAUCCUGAUCGGCAUGGACUUUCUUGGGAAGGAUGCAAACGGUCUUAUCAUUGACUUCACGACCGGAUUAGCUACCAGUUCACUUGAUGAUAGGCCAGAAAUCUUUCAACUUCAAAGGAAUCGCAAGGGACACUUCAUGUUGGACAUCCGAGAGUAUAUCACCCGUGGACAUGUAAACCUCGAAGGUCAUGCGCAUGUGGUUGUAUCCUCCUCAAACUCCACCUUGUCACAGUCCGAGGCCCAUGUGAUUGAAUUUCAUGUUGUUCAGUUUGACCUGACAGUCAGUGACAUGGCCAGCAUCCCUCAGCAGAUUCUUGCUCAAUGCUCGCGGCAACUCAGCCGCUUGAAGCCCCGACAACUUCCUCUACUCGCUCUUUGCCCCAUGGCAACAUCAAGCACGACGAUCGACAAGGAAACGGCGGAGAUCCUUGCAGCGGCCGCCAAGGCCAAGGCGGCACCGAAGAAGAGAGCCAAGUCGCUGGAUAUGGCCAGGACUAUGAAGUCAGACCCAAGGGAUCCCCGCGGCAACGCUCGAUGUUGGCCGUGCUACGGACAACAUCAACCGGGUCCUGCACAGGCCAACCAACACGGCCAGUGGGUGCACUGCAAGGUGUGCGACUUGAGACUACUGUACACACCAAGGAAGGGCGCUCCGUCGAAUACCACCAUGGUUCACAACCCGGCAAUGGUGAAGAAGAUGUUGACGCAGCUAAAGGCCCUCCUUGGAGACCACAAGCCGACCGCGAAGGUGUGUCUGCACAUGUUCAACAAGAUCACGGCCGAGGAGGUGCUGGAGACAUCGAUUCGGGAGAUUGUGAACACAUCC